UAAUAGCGAUUUAGAUCUUUUAGAACGUUCCUGCACAAUUCUGCAAACUCACGUCAACAUCACCUACAGCAGCCAUGAUUCCACGUCAUAAUCGCAGCACACGUCAUCCGCCUAUAAAAAUUCCAGCCUGGCAGCAAACCCAUCCCACCCAAUAGUAAACCUCCACGUGGCCCCCUCGAUGUUGACAUUUCCGUUCCUACAGCUGUUCGUCAGCCCCCCUCGGUAUAAAUACCACCACACUAGGAUUCACAACUCCAAGCUCAAAUCUAAUCUAGUAAAAAAAAAAAUUAAACACAAUGGCAGUAAAUGACCGUUUUGCCCCUGGAAAAUCCAUGUUUUUACCCAUCUUCUUCUUGUUCAUCUUUGUAUCUUCUUCCACGGCUGCUCUGGUGCAGGAGCAGCCGCUGGUUCUCAAGUACCAUAACGGCGCUCUGCUGAGAGGCACCGUCACCGUUAACCUCAUCUGGUACGGGAAGUUCACCCCGACCCAGCGCUCCAUAAUCGUCGAUUUCCUACAGUCCCUCAACCCCGGAAAGACCGCGCAGCCCUCCGCCGCGUCGUGGUGGAAGACGACGGAGAAGUACAAGGGCGUCGCCGGCCCGUCGACGCUCGCCGUCGGGAAACAGUUCAUCGACGAGAAAUAUUCCAUGGGUAAGUCACUCAAGAACUCCCAACUCGUCUACCUGGCAGCCAGGGGAGGCCACGCCGCCGGCGCGAUUAACGUCGUCCUCACGGCGAAGGACGUCGCCGUCGCCGGUUUCUGCAUGAACCGGUGCGGCACCCACGGCUCCAGCCGUGGCGGCGCGACUCGGUUCGCGUACGCGUGGGUGGGGAACUCGGAGACUCAGUGCCCGGGCUACUGCGCGUGGCCGUUUCACCAGCCGCUCUACGGCCCACAGACGCCGCCGCUCGUGGCGCCAAACGGUGAUGUUGGGGUGGACGGGAUGGUUAUAAACUUGGCUACGGUUUUAGCCGGAACGGUGACGAACCCGUUUAACAACGGGUAUUUUCAGGGUCCGGCGACGGCGCCGUUAGAAGCGGUGACGGCGUGUACGGGGGUGUUCGGGUCGGGUGCGUACCCGGGUUACCCGGGGAGUGUGUUGACGGAUAAGACAACGGGUGCUAGCUAUAAUGCGCAUGGGUUGAAUGGGCGGAAGUACUUGCUGCCGGCGAUGUGGGACCCGCUAACAUCCAAGUGCUCUACACUUGUUUGAUUUGGUAUGAAACUCAAGAACUGGAGGAAAUAAAAAAAAAAGAACAAAAAAAGAAGGGGUCGGAUUCAGUGGGGGCGAGUGUACUAACAAGAACUGGAGGAAAUAAAAAAAAAAGAACAAAAAAAGAAGGGGUCGGGAUUCAGUGGGGGCAAGUGUACUUUAGUAAAUAUAAGGGGUUGUACUUUUUUUUUUUUUUUUUUUGAUCUGGGAUGGGGAUGAAUGGAGGUUUGUCGUUUUGUAUGACGUGUACAUUUUGUCGUUUAUGAUAUGUAAAAAAAGUGGGAUAGGAUAAUCUAAUAAUAAUAAUGGUUAAUUUGGUCUCUGAUAAA